AUGCCGUUGUCCUCCAAUGGAUUUAUGGGACAAUCCACGAAGACCUUUUGCUUACCACUCGAACCGGACUCCACGGCUCAGCAAGCGUGGGAGCGUCUGCGUGACAUAUUCCAGGACAACAAGCACUCUCGUUCUGUAUAUUUGGAGAACCAAUUCUCGAAUACCCAUCUUGAAAAUUUCAAGAAUGUCUUUGCCUACUGUCAACGGCUAAAAAUGCUUACGGAUCAGCUCGCCGGCGUUGGUUCUCCGGUGUCCAACCAACGACUGGUUCUUCAGCUCGCCGCCGGCCUCAAUGAUGCAUAUGAUAACGUUGCCUCUCUCAUCCAACAACGGGACCCGCUGCCUCUGUUCUACACUGCUCGCUCCAUGCUCACACUCGAAGAGUCCCGAAAAGCUCAGCACCUUGGGUCAUCCAAUAAUGCCCUCCUCGCCACCUCUGACUCCCUUCUUGGCGAGUCGUCUGAUGAUCUGGCGGAAAAAUCGCCUCCACCACAGCGACACAGUCAACAUCAGCCCUCUCGUGGUCGUGGGCGCGGUGGUCGUGGCGGCAGAGGCAUUGGCGGCCGGAGUCGUGGUCGCGGGCGUCCACCAUCUUAG